AUGGCCGGGUCUAGCACCAAAUUUACCCCGCCGCCUUCGCCGCCCUCUCCGACCGCUUCCUUUUACGAUGUGAGCGACGAAGAGGAAGACGAAUACAAUACCAUUGCGCAUGCCAAAUCGGGUAGGGGAGUUAAACUUCUCUUUUCCAAGAGCAAGGUCUAUGUCCAUCCUUCGCCCUCAUCAAAGGAUAACAUCCCCGGAUUCAUUGCCCUUAUUCAACAGAAGUCGGUUGCAGACCGUGGUCAUACACAGUCCACAUCAUCGGGAUCCUCCAAACAUGACGAUCCAGCGUCCUAUCUACUUGCCUGGGUACCCGAGUCAUCCCUAGGCGAUGCUUAUAGCACCUAUGUUAAGGUCGACCUAUCCGAGAGUUCAUCCCCUCCUCGACAGACAUACCUCGUGCCGCCGCUUCCAACGACAAGGUCACAUAAUGAUACGGUCGGCCUCUAUGCGUUUGCGGUGCCCCUUUCUGACGUAUACUCAUUACUCGUGCGGCCCCCAAGCAUCGGGUGGUGGUAUGGAAGUCUUGUGAUCAAUACGAAAGUUGGCGAUAGCUUCCCGGCUCUGUUCUUUCAUGACAGUGAGUGCGAAUCGACGAUCCUCCAGAAGAAACGAAGAACCAAAGAAAGCUUUGAUCCGUUUGGCGAGGAUGGAAGCAUGUUUUGGGGCGGUGAUGAGGUACUGAGAUGGUUGAGGCGAUAUGUUGAGGUACAGCGUUCAGCAGCUGAUCCUAGCGUCUAUCUCAUAAAUCCCUCCGAAGAAGACAAACUUUCAUUUGGCCGACCCUUAACUGCCGGUGGACCACAGAAGGCUCAGGAUAAAGGCCAGGCUGCUGCUGCUGCGUCGUCCCGUUCAGCCGCCCCGGCAGAACAUGAUGCCGGAAUGGAUCCUUUGACUAAGGCAUUGAAAGAAACGAGGUGGAAAGUUCUCGAGCACUUGAGUCGGAUAACUACCUUUACGAGGCGGACUGCAAAUGAGAUUGCAGAAAACCCACGGAUACCUCUACAGGUUCGGAGGUUAAUGAAGAACCCGGAAAUCCAAACUCUGCAAGAUGAGUUCGAAAGCGCAAGAAUAUACCUGGCCCGCUGGGCCAUGGGCAUUGCAGAGCAGAGCGAGCGGGAAAGGAACCAGCGCAUAUGGACUGCGCAGGAUGUUCUCGAAAGAGAGGAUAGUUCCCUUGGAGAGUUUGAGAUUUUAGAUUUGGAGACCGGUACCAUGAGUAUCCACGAACGCCGGAAGACCGUCACAAUGGAAGAGUGGAAUGGGUGGUUUGAUUCCGCUGGAAUACUUCAGGUGACAGUAGAUGAAGUGAAAGAGCGAAUAUUCCAUGGCGGGCUGGAUCCAAACGACGGCGUCCGGAAGGAGGCAUGGCUGUUCCUUCUUGGCGUAUACUCGUGGGACAGCAGCGAAGACGAGCGGAGAGCGAUAAUGAAUUCGAAACGGGACGAUUUCGUACGUCUGAAGGGUGCUUGGUGGGAGAGGAUGGUCGAAGGAUCAACAUCAGCAGAAGACCAUGAAUGGUGGAAAGAGCAAAAGGGCCGUAUAGAGAAAGAUGUGCAUCGGACGGAUCGCACCAUCCCGCUCUUCGCAGGCGAAGAUAUUCCCCAUCCAGACCCCGACUCUCCGUUCGCGGAUACUGGUACCAAUGUGCAUCUCGAACAGAUGAAGGACAUGCUUUUGACAUAUAAUGAAUAUAACCCUGACCUCGGCUACGUGCAAGGAAUGAGUGAUCUAUUGGCCCCAAUCUACGCGGUCAUGCAAGACGAUGCUGUUGCGUUUUGGGGUUUUGUUGGCUUUAUGGACAGAAUGGAGCGCAACUUUCUACGUGAUCAGUCGGGAAUGCGGGCUCAACUUCUGACUCUAGAUCAUCUUGUUCAACUGAUGGAUCCUCAGCUCUAUCUUCAUCUUCAGUCAGCUGAUAGCACGAAUUUCUUCUUUUUCUUCCGCAUGCUGCUGGUCUGGUAUAAGCGGGAGUUCGAGUGGUCGGAUGUACUACGUCUAUGGGAGACGUUAUGGACAGAUUAUCUGUCAAGCCAGUUCCAUCUCUUUGUCGCUCUAGCGAUCCUGGAGAAGCAUAGAGAUGUUAUAAUGACCCACCUAAAGCACUUCGAUGAGGUUCUCAAGUACAUCAAUGAGCUCUCAAAUACGAUCGAUCUCAUUAAUAUCCUCACACGAGCGGAAUCACUCUUCCGUCGCUUCGAAAGAAUGGUGCAAGCGAUAGACAAGAAAAAUAACUUCCCUGCUCCUUCGGUUCGCCAACGGAAGCCAGAUUCUAGCACCUCUGCUGAUAAUAAAGGAAAGUCACCGCAACGUGCAGUCACAACUGGAGCCAGCACCAGUAGUGUCAUUGCGCGGGCCAACGGAGCCGAACAAGAGCAGGUUAUCUCUCCCGAGUUGCGGCAACUCCUGAGCAGGGAUGUCAUCACCGUUGAUAAAAAAGACUCCCAGAAGCACAGUAAUAAUCGCAGUUGA